AUGCACAGGACUUCCUGCUCCAGCUUCCCCUCACCACCACCUCCCCAAAGGGCACUUUAUCACACGCUUGCCAAUUGGGGAAAGGGAUGUAGGCUGAAUCAGCUUUCAGGACUCAAUGUUCAACCUGAACUGACCGAAGACAGCAGGAGGAUGAAGAGGCUGUUGGGACUUGCAGCCCAGGUUCACAUGGGCUAUUCUGACCAGGCGAGGCCUGAGAAGUCCUUGAAAGUGGUUGGAAACCAUAGGUUAUCAUCUGGAGCUCAGUGGCUGUCUUCACUUGGGCCUCCCCUUCCAUGCAGAUGGUGGGGCCUUAAUUGGAGGCCCGCAGAACAGCUGAGCUGUGGAUGGAGUGCUCAGAUGAAACUUCUGAAAAGAAUGGAGCAACCUGACUCUGUAAGGAUGUUUAGUGGCUCAGCUGCAGCCCUGGGAGCAAAGGUGAUUGCGAAGCAGGAACCGCUGGACUGUCUGGAAAUGAUUCUCAACCUAGCAACUACUCUUUCUGCUAAAGACCCAGGGAUCCGCCUACCUGCUCACCUCUGCCACUCAUUUCCUUACAGGUUUAACUGGGAGUCCUGUAUUUUAUCUGGCAACCCUAGUUCUAGGGGUGAAGGAGAGGAGGAAAAAAACGUUUCCAAUUUCAAGGGACAGUUCAGAAAGCCAGAUGUAGCACACAGGCAAACAGCACCCAGAGGCAUGAGAGAUAAAGGCAGAGGACAUACUUGGCACAUUCUUUGA